GUGACAUUUAGCACAGAAAUGUACAAGAGGCACAUACCGUUUCAUGCUACACACAGAUAACAACACACCACUACCGGACCCAGUUUAUAGCCUACUCGUUAACCGUUGGAAUCUCCACCAAGCGAUCCGUCCAUGCGAAGCCUAGCCUUGCUUCUAGUUCCGUGUGUUGUCGCGGUAGUGGUGCACUUCUGGUUGUGGACUAACAGAGCGACCAUCUCGUUGGAGAAAGAUUAUGAUGAGGACUCGGCAGCAUCUCCCUGUGGUGAGGUGCUGGUGGGGGUGUUGUCUGCCAGACAUCACUAUGAUCUGAGACAGGCUAUAAGACAGACGUGGUUGGGAUACCUCCUGGACCAGACACACUACCGACACAGGGUGCAGGUGAAGUUUAUCAUUGGGAAACAUGGCUGUCCCAUUCCAGAAGAGGACAGAGAGGAUCCCUACUCAUGCUCCCUCAUGAACCUCACAGACCCAGCUCCAGGGCAGGAUAAGGAGAUGGCGCUGGUGGAGGUGUCUGACCCGUCUGCCCUUGUCCCUGGGGAGGUCUCCUCUGUGGCCCUGGACUUCAAGGUCCUCCACCCCCUAGUCAUCACCAGGUUUGGGGUGUUCCCUACUGGACCUCACAUGGAGAUAGAGGGGAAUGUCACUGUCAGGCUGCUGCAGCUGGAACAACAGGAGGCAGUGGUGACAGCCUGCUUCAGCCCGGUCAGUCCUGGAACAAGUCAGAACGGUGUGUGGUACAAACCAGUGGAGUGGUUCAUUCUGCCCAAGGGCUUUGAGGGGACUCUGGUCUGGGAGAGUCCUGACGUAGCUGGUCUGACUACGGUCAACACAUCCCGGGUGACUCUGAACAACGGCGGAGGAGUCCUCAAGUUUUCCUCUAUUGAGGAGGGGACGUUGCCUCACAGGAGUGCUCUGAGCUUCCCAGGAUUGGCUGGAGGGUUCACCUUCAAAAUCCAUGACAUGGCCUCCCUGUGGGAGGUGCUGCAUGGCCGCCAGGGGCGGCUCCAGAGCCAUGGCACCAGACUGCAGACGGAGGACAGGUCUCUGGAGCAGGAGGCUCUGCGAUAUGGAGACAUAGUGUUUGUGGAUGUAGUAGAUACAUACAGGAACGUGCCUUCUAAACUACUGCAGUUCUACAAGUGGUCGGUGGGAAACGCUGCAUUUGAUCUGCUCCUGAAGACGGAUGAUGAUUGUUAUAUUGACGUGGACAAGGUUUUAAUGAAGAUCGACCACAAGGGCCUGAAGCGACGCAACUUCUGGUGGGGGAAUUUCCGUCAGAGUUGGGCGGUGGACCGCAUUGGGAAGUGGCAGGAGCUAGAAUACGCCAGUCCAGCCUACCCGGCCUUCGCCUGCGGCUCGGGGUAUGUGGCCUCCAGGGACCUCGUCCAAUGGCUGGCCAGCAAUGCAGAGCAACUCAAGGCCUACCAGGGGGAAGAUGUGAGCAUGGGGAUCUGGAUGGCUGCUGUUGGACCACAGAAAUACCAGGAUGCAGGCUGGCUGUGUGAAAAGGAGUGUUACCAGGACAUGCUGUCGUCACCCCAACACUCCCCCGAGGAGCUCCGCUCGCUCUGGGCUAGGAAGAGGGCCUGCGGGGACCCCUGUGGAUGUCCCUGGGGACACAGCUAACGUUAGCUAACAGUCUGGGAAAGGUUGUUGGCUAACAGUCUGGGAAAGGUUGUUGGCUAACAGUCUGGGAAAGGUUGUUGGCUAACAGUCUGGGAAAGGUUGUUGGCUAACAGUCUGGGAAGGUUGUUGGCUAACAGUCUGGGAAAGGUUGUUGGCUAACAGUCUGGGAAAGGUUGCUGGCUAACAGUCUGGGAAAGGUUGCUGGCUAACAGUCUGGGAAAGGUUGCUGGCUAACAGUCUGGGAAAGGUUGCUGGCUAACAGUCUGGGAAAGGUUGCUGGCUAACAGUCUGGGAAAGGUUGCUGGCUAACAGUCUGGGAAAGGUUGCUGGCUAACAGUCUGGGAAAGGUUGCUGGCUAACAGUCUGGGAAAGGUUGCUGGCUAACAGUCUGGGAAAGGUUGCUGGCUAACAGUCUGGGAAAGGUUGCUGGCUAACAGUCUGGGAAAGGUUGUUGGCUAACAGUCUGGGAAAGGUUGUUGGCUAACAGUCUGGGAAAGGUUGUUGGCUAACAGUCUGGGAAAGGUUGUUGGCUAACAGUCUGGGAAAGGUUGUUGGCUAACAGUCUGGGAAAGGUUGUUGGCUAACAGUCUGGGAAAGGUUGUUGGCUAACAGUCUGGGAAAGGUUGUUGGCUAACAGUCUGGGACGGUAGUAACCUGUUCACUGCAAACGAGCCUUGUUGAAACACAACUCUAGGUAUCAUCGUCUCAGUAGGAUUGCUGAUCUAGGAACAGGUCCCUCCUGUCCAUGUUAACUUAGUAAUUAUGAUCUAAAAGGCUUAACUGAUCCUAGACCAGCACUCUUGAGACGCUUGACACAUACAGCCCUGGGUCUCUACAGUGUACAAAACAUUAGGAACACCUUCCUAAUAUUGAGUUGCACCCGUUCAAAGGCACUUAAAUAUGUUGUCUUGCCCCCUUCACCCUCUGA